AUGAGUUUCAUAAAAAAAAUCUUCCAUAAUUUCAGAAUCAGAAUCAAAAGAAAAAAAAUUGAUAAAAAAAAAGCAGCAAUAAUAGGCUCAAUUUCACUUCUUACACAGCUUCUAGAAGAAAAUCCUCAACUCCUCCAAAGCUCAAGCAUUUCUUCCAUGUCUGAAAAUCAAUUACACACAGCAGUGCUUCUGGGCCACGUGGAAUUCAUCAACAGAAUUCUUACAACAAAUCCCGAGCUAUCAAAAUCACUGAAUUCAAAAGGGUCUUCAGCCCUUCACUUGGCAUCGGCAAAAGGGCACGUGACAAUAGUGAAGGAUCUAGUUUCAGUAGAUUCUUCGAUGUGCUAUGUUUUGGACGGAGAUGGGAGGAGCCCACUUCAUCUGGCGGCGAUCAAGGGCAGAACGGUGGUUUUGGGUGAGUUGCUGAAGGCGGCGCCGCCGGCCGCGGCGGUGCUGACCGCCGCAGGAGAGAGCUGUUUGCAUCUCUGCGUGAAGUACAAUCGCCUCGAGUCGAUGAAAUUGCUGCUGAAGUUUCUUGAGAGAGAUGACAAAUUACUGAAUUGGAAGGAUCGAGAAGGAAACACCGUUCUGCAUCUUUCAGUUGCCAAGAAACAAAUUGAGAUUGUAAAGUAUCUGCUAAAUAACACAAGAAUUGAAGCAGAAUCAAGAAAUGCAAACGCCUUAACGCCGUUAGAUCUCUUAUUACAAAGCACACGAGACUUGAGGGAUUUAGAGAUUAAACAAUGUCUCGAAAAAUGCAGAGAAUCCGUCGCACGUAACGACACAGAUAUCUCGGAGAUCAACAAGACGACGAAAAACUCUGCAAAGAAAAAACACAAGCACACAGAUUGGCUAGCCAGAAAACGUAACGCACUAAUGAUCGUCGCGUCACUUCUCGCAACCGUGGCUUUCCAAGCCGGCCUCUCCCCGCCAGGUGGCGUUUGGCAGGACGAUUUCUCGGGCAAUCCAAACAGCACUAUCCGUGCGGACAAACCCCACAAGGCAGGACAAUCUGUUAUGGCGUACACGCUACCUAAAAAGUACGGGCAAUACAUGAUAUUCAACACGGUUGCAUUCUUGGCUUCGCUCAGCAUAAUCUUGCUGCAAGUGAGUGGAUUGCCGAUGAGGAAGAGGAGGUGGAUGUGGACUCAAAUGGUGACUAUGUGGAUCGCUAUAAGCGCGCAGACGCUUACGUACUUCGUGACGUUGGUCAGCAUGACGCCUAAGCAUGUGGAGCGUACGGUGUAUGAUGUGGCGAAGAUAUCGGUUAUGGUUUGGCUUUCGUUGAUUGGGGUUGUGUUCGUCGGUAAUGCUAGUCGGUGUGUGAUGUAUUUGCUUAGGAAGUAUGGGUACAUUGCGGAGAAGGCAAGUGAGGCUAUCGUUAACGGGGAAGAUGAGGAAGAUGACGAUGUGCUUUGAUGCUCCCAUAUGUCGAUACGAGUUGUGUCAAGUCUAUAUAUAGUAAGGUCAAUUACAAUUACUCAUCGGACGAAAUUCAAAAAUUCAAUAAUUUGUUGUGUUCUGAAAGUUUGCUGCUGAUAAUUGAGAAGAAAAAUACGAAAAAUUAUUGUAUAGUUUCGUGUUUCAUCUCUUGGUUGAAAAUUGGACGGAUCGAAUCAAAUCGAAUCAAAUUAGCAUUUU